UAGGUGCGGAAAGGGAUCAUUUUGACAAGAAGCAGCUCAGCAGCAUCAGCAAAGCCAUCAACUCCAACGAGGCGCCUGUGAAAGAGAAACAUGCACGCCGUAUCCUUCAAUAUAACCCCAAACUGGGAACAGUAAACCUUUUUUGCUAUUAUGUGCUCCAAACUUUGUAUGCCUGAUAACCCACUGUGCCGAAUAACUGGGCUGUUUUUAACCACUGGGGAGUUAAUCUGUUGAACCCCAACUCUGUUUGUGUUCUGUAAAGGUAAUUGGUUUUUAGAGCUGACAUUUGCCAUCAUGUAGGCUAUACAUCACCUCAAGGAUAAAAAAUAAUGAAGGUUAAGACUCAAAUAAUUCCAUGCGGACCGUUUGGAAAUAAACACAUUCAUUGGACCAGCGCUGUUGCUGAUUCUGCAGGAUUAGCAUUGCAAAUGUAACCAGCGGCUGGAAAAUCAAGUAAUAAAGUGGCUGUAGAUAAUUUGAAAAAAGUUUAAAUGAAUAGAAUGACAAACAGUUGAGCCAUGAAUUUUGUUGAGUAGUUAUCUGAAAGUCACUACAAAUGCAAACUUUCUGUACUACUACCGUUCACUCUGUCAUUUUCGCGCUGGUUCAGUGAAUUUGUUUAUUUUCUAACGCUUCUGCAUGGAAUUAUUACGUAAGGAAUAAUUGAGGGGCUAUGCGUUCUAUGGAAAAUAAUAAACAAUGUUGAAGGUGUGUUCCACGGCGCGCUAGUGGAGUGGAACUUACCUCCCAUGGAAUUGAAUUGUUUUCCAGAGAACGCAUAGUCCCGAGUAUAUAGCCAUUGAAUUCUACCGUGCUGAUAUACCAUGCGUUCUAGGGAAGUAAUGCACGCGCUAGUAUGCCCUUCAAGCCAAUCCGAAACGAGUAUUCAUCAAUGCCAUGGGAUCAUUCUGGGGACCUACAGGGAGAAGGGGGCCUUUACCUUCUGGUCCUACGCCUUGGGCAUCCCCUUGUCCAGCAACGCCAUCGUUAGCUGGAAGUUCUGCCACGUGCUUCACAAAGUGCUGCGGGAUGGCCACCAUAAUAGCCUUCAGGACUGCAUGAGACAUCACGGUAACAUAGUUGAGAUGGGGCAACUAUGGGGCAACCUUCAUGACAGACAUGGACAGCUGGUGGCUCUGUACUGUAAGCUCCUUUGCACAAAGAUGGAGUUUCACAUGAAGCAUUCUGAAAUCCGACCCAACCUAGAGGUGACAGAUGAGGUUCUAGAGCGUGUUGCAGGAACCGACGUCAAUAAUGUGUUCCAGCUCACUGUGAAAGUGUUUGAUUACCUGGAUGCAGAGUUGAGGCUAGCCGAGACAGUGAUCCGGCAGCUCAACACGUCCAUUGCCAUCUCUACGACAACGUCAGGCCAGUGUCGCCUGUCCCCCCUCAUCCAGGUCAUCCAGGACUGCAGUCACCUCUACCACUUCACCGUCAAGCUGCUUUUCAAACUGCAUGCCUGUCUCCCAGCAGACACCUUGCAAGGACACCGUGAUCGUUUUCAUGACCAGUUCCACAGCCUCAAGACCUUCUUCAACAAAGCCAGAGACAUGCAGUACUUCAAGAGACUCAUCCAGAUCCCCAAGCUGCCAGAGUCUCCUCCUAACUUCCUGCACGCGGCUUCCCUGGCCAAGCAUGCAAGGCCAGUGGUGGUCAUCCCAAGUGAGGAUGAGCCCGAGCAGCAGGAGGAUGAUGAUGACGAUGAUGACCCUGAACCGCUUAUCAACGUCAGCGAUGUCACCAUGCCCAGCAUGAUGGUGCCACAGCAGUUUGACAGAUUUGAUCAGACUUUCGGACCUUCCAAUGACAGGGAUAUCCAGAUUGAGAACCUCCAGCAGGACUUGGGGAAGUUGAGGGCAGAUCUGGAAAGGGUCAAAGGAGAGGCCCAGCGCUACAUCACACAGCUCAAGUCUCAGAUUAACAGCCUUGAGACAGAGCUGGAAGAGCAGCGGGUGCAGAAACAGCGUGCCCUGGUGGAGAAUGAACAGCUGCGCAUGGAGCUGGAGGCCACUCGGCGCCGCAACGCUGAACACGAGAUCGUGCAGGCCACCUUCGGAGAGGCCGAGACGAGAGCCCAGGCCACAGAGCAGCGCUACACCAAGCUAAAGGAGAAGCACACGGAGCUGGUGUCCAGCCAUGCUGAACUGCUCAGGAAGAGUGCAGACACCGUGAAGAUUCUGUCGGCAACACAUCAGACCCAGGAGGAGGUGGAGAGGACCAAGCAGCAGCUGGCUUUCGAGGUGGAUCGCAUCAAACUGGACGCUGACAUGAAGCUUGAGGAGCAGAAGUUUGAGAUGAAGAAGCUUAAAAGGGAUUUUGAGGAAAAGCGGGCUGAGGUGGAACAUGUCAAAGGCACUCUGCAGCGCACUGAGAAGGUGGGGGAACAGCUGACCAGCUCUAUGUUGGCGCUGCAGGCGGAGAAAGAGCGCCUGAUGCGCUCUGCAAGUGAAAAAGAGGCCGAGCUGUCGUCCCUGAGCCAGACUGCACAGCUGCAGCAGUCUUCUCUGCAGCAGGAGAGAGAUCGGAGCACUAGGGAGCUGGGAGAGCUGCAGGGCAAGUUGCAGGAGAAGUCCAGACGUGAGGUGCAGUUGCAGCAGAAGCUGCUGGAGGAGCAGUUCUCCCUGCUGCAGGGAACGGUCUCUGAGGCUGAGUACAUCAUUCAGGACGCUGUGGCCAAGCUGGACGACCCCCUGCAUAUCCGCUGCACCAGCUCCCCAGAUUACCUGGUCAGUCGGGCAGAGGCCACUUUGGGCUCCAUUGACAAAGUGAAAAAAGGUCACUCCGACUACCUGACGAACAUGGGAGAUGCUGGUGGGCUACUGAGGGCCCUGACCAACUUCUCCCACCUGGCUGCUGACACCAUCAUCAACGGCAGUGCCACAGCACACUUGGCUCCCACUGACCACGCCGACCGUCUGACAGAGAAUUGCAGGGGCUGUGCCACUCAGAGUCUGCAGUUCCUGAAGGAUCUCAAGUCCAAGACCUCCCUUCAGAGGGCAGACCCGGCCUCCAUUCGCAUAGUGGUUGAAAAUAUCAUGAAGCUGGGGGAGGAGCUGCGACCUAAAGGCAUGGAUGUGCGACAGGAUGAGCUGGGAGAUCUGGUGGACAAGGAGAUGGCAGCCACAUCAGCAGCCAUUGAGAAGGCAGUGAGCAGAAUCGAUGAAAUGAUGAACCAGGCCCGAAUGGACACCUCAGGGGUCAAACUUGAGGUCAAUGAGAGAAUCCUCUACAGCUGCACAGACCUGAUGAAGGCCAUCCACCUGUUGGUCCUGACAUCCACCGACCUACAGAAGGAGAUUGUUGAGGGCGGAAGGGGUGCAGCCACUAUUAAGGAAUUCUACGCCAGGAACUCCCGUUGGACUGAGGGACUCAUCUCUGCCUCCAAAGCUGUGGGAUGGGGAGCCACGCAGAUGGUUGAGUCUGCUGAUAAGGUGGUGCUGCACACUGGCAAAUAUGAGGAGCUCAUUGUCUGCUCCCACGAGAUCGCUGCCAGCACGGCACAGUUGGUCGCAUCCUCCAAGGUAAAAGCAGACCGCAACAGUACAAAACUGACAGCUCUCCAGCAGGCUUCUCGCCAUGUGAACGAGAUGGCAGCCAACGUGGUGGCCUCCACCAAGACAGGCCAGGAGCACCUGGAGGACAAGGAUACCAUGGACUUCUCUGGAAUGUCUCUCAUCAAGCUAAAAAUGGAGGAAAUGGAGUCACAGGUGAAGGUGUUGGAGCUGGAGAAUCAGCUGGGUAAUGAGCGUCUGCGCCUGGGAGAGCUCAGGAAGAAGCACUAUAAUAUUGCAGGUGUUCCAGCAGCAGACCUCCCGGAGGGCAACGGACUGGACCCCUCGCUUGCCCCUGUUGCACCCUCCUCACCCAAAUCCUCCAAGCCUAGUGUCAUGAGGAAACCUGACUUGGCUCAGAAACCCAACUUACCGCCUAAAAAUAUGUUUAGGUAGACAGCUACAAGCUAGAGAAGGACAUCUUCAUAGUGGAUGGUUGGGUUGAUCUGAGACACAGCCAUCUUAUGACGUGGACACAGGGUCCUUUUGAGCUGCCUCCAACCGGACAAUCCUCUGUCCCAAACUCUCUGCCUAUUUCUUUUGCCAAACUGGAACUUGUGCUCCCCUCUUCUUCAGCCUGGUUUUAUCUCUCGGUGCUUUCUGCCUGUGAAAGAGAUGCGCUCUAUCCUUUUUAUAGAUAAACCACAAUGUGCCACCGAGGCGGUAUUCUUUGUUUUUGUGGACCAUAAUGGUAUCAAGAACUGAAAGGGAAAAUGUUUUAUGGAAUUAUGCAAAUCGUUUGUAAUGGAACAAUGUAAUUUUGUGUUUCUGAGCUUUUUACUUAAAGCUACUUUUAAAAGACCGUUGUGCAUAUAAUUGUAUUAGUAUGGACAGGAUCACUUUAACAUCAUAAAAUGACAGAGUAUUGAAUUAGGCCAUAUCUGGGACAGCCUCUUGGUGCACAUUGUUUGGUAGCCUUUUUCUGGAGUGCGUCACUGUAUUUUUUUGUUAUUUUUCUAUGUUGGUUGCUGUGUGGGGGAAGGAGGGAGACAUUGGCACACAGUUCAUGCGGGAAAGCACAUUUUUACACAGUCCCUAUUCAAUGUCUCUGCAUAAGUUCCAGGGUGUCAUUCCCGCUACUUCCUUAGCUUGACCCUAUAUGUAAUUGGGACUGUAGUCUCGUCCUCACCCCUUUCCAUAUCACUACAUGCAUGAUCAUCAUUAAGACCAGGGAGUUAGGUGUUUCGAGAUCUCCCAACGCUGUUUAGGUUACUGCAUUUGAUUCUAGAUUUGACCCAUUACCCGCAGAUCAAAGAACCGCUCGAUCAGUAACUAUACACACAAGUACAAUUAUGUAUUUUUAUAUACAAUAGGAAAUUUACUCAAUAGGGAUUUAAUCUGCACAUCACAAAUGAUUGUUUGCAUCUCUUAUGUGCACCCUAGACACUGACUGUCUCUAACACUGGGUAUGUUAAACUGGCUAUGUAGUUACAGGACAUUGGUUAAAAAUGUUGGCACACAAAGGCAAUCUCUGUACUUGACAAUGAACAAGUCUCACCUUUUUUAAAGGGACUUUUUUGCUACUUUCCCAGGCUGAAAAGGGAUGGAAUAUGUGAGAGGGUGACGGCACAAGGGGUCUAUACAGGAUGUACAGUAUGUUGAACCCUUCUUUUGCUUCUGGGAGCAUAAAAUGCUUUCCUGUUCUUUCCUCUGUAUUAAAUGUGUUUUAUAUAUUAAAAUCUAGUAAUAUAUUUUAGUAAAGACUGCUGUUACUGUGGUUCCUCUUUAUACAUGGCAAAUAAACAAAUGUUAGUGUA